AUGGAGGACCAUCUUAUGUGCAGAAGGAAAAGACUGAAGCGUUGCCAUAAGAAGCCUGUCUUCAGACAGAGGAGUGCACAAAUCCAGUUUUCGGACCUUCCUGUGGAUGUGCUAGGCACGAUUCUGUCAAAAUUGCCACCUAAGGAAAUGGUAAGAACUAGUGUUUUAUCAAAUGAGUGGAAACAUAUCUGGACAGUUUGCCCCAAACUCAGAUUUGAUGGUGCCGCAAUGUGCGGCCAAGAUGUGCCUGGAACACAACACUAUACUCGGAAGUUUAUUGACAAUGUCAAUGGAGUCUUGAAACAAUAUCACGGCAAGGUGGUCGAAGAGUUUGGGGUCAAGUGGGGGCUCCGUCCUGAUAGGUACAGAUUUCCCAUUGAGCUGUUUGAAGACGAAAGCAUAUCCCGUCUACAACACCUACAGCUUAGCUUUGUGUCUUUUGAAUCAUCUUCCCAAUUCUGCGGUUUCCCCAACCUGAAGAAGCUUGAUCUACAUGUGGUGAGCGUCACCCGUAAAGGUCUUGAAGAUAUGUUGUCAAAUUGCUCUAAUCUUGAAUGGUUGAGUAUAGUUAGAUGCCAUCUGGAUAAUGAUGAAUUGAGGGUGCAUCGUCCGCUGCCCCGCUUGCUAUACUUGCACGUCGCAUACUACGCCAUGGCACAAGGAAACGGUUCCAAGUUUUCACUGUCUAAGUAUCUGCAACUCAAGUUUUUGGUGUCGGUGGAAGAUCUCACUAACCUUGUGUCCUUGGCCUCUUUCCUGAGUGCUGCUCCUUUCGUUGAAAAUUUAGAGAUACAUUUUGCUAUUUGUACCCUCCCACAUGGCUCAGAGCUUAUCAGGAGGCUUCCAGGUUCUACACAUAGCUAUCUAAAGAACCUUAGUAUCACUGGAUUUGCAGGGUGCAUCGGUCAAGUUGAAUUGUUGUUACACAUUGUAGAAAAUGCCCCUAACCUUUAG